CUUCAUUUGGACUUUUCUUGGCCAGAAAGCAUUCGUUUCGAUUUGGAAUGAUUAGGAUUCGUGUAAAAAUUGCUGCCUUUGGGGCAACUCUGUGCUCGGCGGUCAGAUGUUUGUUACCAGUAUCUUUGUGGCUUGCCCAUGACCUUUCUUGCCUCUUCUUUUUGGGGCGAUGUACUGGUGGAGUUCAGCUUCGUAGGUUUAAGUUUCUGUUGAACGUGCAUUCGUUUGGUUUUCAUAUCUGCCCACAUCUGGCAAUAAUUUGCAGUGAGAAAAGGAAAACAGAAAACGUCAGAAAUUCGGCCAACUUGUCCAAUACGGGAUGUAUAUCGAGCUUUUUCCGGGUUACCCUUUGGGGUAAUGUUCUACGUCAAUCUGUGUAAUGGAGAAAAAUAAGAUGGACAAUUGCUCCCCUGUUGGAGUUCUGGAGGACUUUCUAAGGAGCAGCGAGUCGGACACUAAUUCGACCACCUCGGACUCCGAGGCCCGGAAAGAUGGGAAACCCGCUUCCGGAUGGCGUGGGCUCAUCCACUUGUUGAGGGCAAAGUCGAAGAAACAAUCGCCCCCGAUGCAUCCGUUUGAUGGUCUCAAGCCCCUAUUUAGAAGAAGCAGCAGUAUGAGGGAAAUGAUUGCCUUCCCACCGUGUUUCCUGGCGAGAGCCGAUGAAUUUAGCAGAACCCCUUGGAAAUAUUUCACCCUAUCCGAGCUCCAAGCCGCAACUAACACUUUCAGCCCCGAGCGCCUAAUUGGGAAGGGUGGUUAUGCUGAGGUUUACAAGGGGCAGCUGAGGAACGGGCAACUCGUGGCGGUUAAACGACUCACGCGAGGGACGCCAGACGAGAUAAUAGGCGAUUUCCUUGCUGAGCUUGGAAUUAUGGCCCAUGUCAAUCACCGGAACACUGCCAAGUUGGUCGGUUAUGGGGUCGAAGGUGGAAUGCAUCUGGUCCUCGAGUUAUCGCCUCAUGGAAGCCUAGCCUCUGUGCUAUAUGGUACAAAAGAAACACUGGAGUGGCAGAUGCGAUAUAAGAUAGCGUUAGGAACUGCCGACGGCUUAUUGUACCUUCACGAAGGUUGUCAGAGGCGAAUCAUCCAUAGAGACAUAAAAGCUGCCAAUAUUUUGCUUACUGAAGACUUUGAGCCUCAGAUCUGCGACUUUGGACUUGCCAAAUGGCUUCCGGAGAAAUGGACCCACCACACCAUUUCGAAAUUCGAAGGCACUUUCGGCUAUCUUGCUCCGGAGUACUUGAUGCACGGCAUAGUGGACGAGAAGACCGAUGUGUUUGCUUUCGGUGUGCUUCUGUUGGAACUAGUCACUGGCCGCCGAGCACUAGACUAUGCACAGCAAAGCCUUGUCCUUUGGGCAAAACCUUUGCUCAAGAAGAAUAACAUCAGAGAGCUCUUGGAUCCUGCUCUGGGCAGCAACUACAACGCCAGGCAGAUCAAUCAGGUGCUCUUGGCUGCAUCACUUUGCAUAAAACAGUCUUCAAUUCGACGGCCCAGCAUACGCCAGGUAGCGCAAAUUCUGAAUGGCGACCUUAGCUGUCUGAAUUGCAUGACAAAGAUCCGGACCCCGUUCUUCCGCAAAGCUUUUGGGGAAGAAUGCCACAACUUGAUCAAAGAUCGCGACAGCCCGAGGCAUGCCUUGGCUUGAAGACGAGCUUCACGAAUCAUGUCUCGUCUUUCUGCGAACAAGCAAGGCGAAUAAAGUUAAUUUUACAGAUGGGUUUUGUAAAGCUGCUGUCUCGCCUUAUCUAGUAAGCAAAAGUUGUUUUUUUUAUGUGAACAGCACAUGAAGAAACAAAGUUUUUAGCAGUGAGGAGGGAAGAAGAUGAUGUCCCUCUAAAGCUAAUGUACAUAGAAUCGUAGAGCAUAGGAAAAAGAAGAAUCCUAGAAAACAGGAAUAGGCUUUGUUGUAGUUGGGGAUCUAUUCUACGCAAGGAGAGAAUAGGAGGGGCAACGUAAAGUAGCUUUGCCUCGUCAAAGCACCAUCUUUUGCAGUAUUUUGGCCGCCUUUGUUCGUUCUUUUUGUUCUUUUCA